AUGCCUCCCAGGAAAGCUGCUGAAGUUAGUGAGAGUGACGUUACGGAGGGCACUGAGGCGACGGAUGUGGUAGAUGCAGCCUCUGCAGGUACAGAGGAGGCUACGGAGGGGGACUUGACGAUGGCAGAUGUCACUCAAACCAAGCACAUAGUCAGCCCGAUAGACGACCUUACAAAGAGUGGAAUUGCAACAAUGGAUAUUAAGCGCCUCAAGGAGGCAGGGAUUCACACAAUUCAGUCGCUUCUUAUGCACACGAAAAAGGCUCUUGGAAACGUGAAGGGGAUAUCUGAGGCCAAAGUCGACAAGAUCUUAUCUGUCGCAACCGAGAUGUGUGGGAAGACAUUCAUCACGGGCAGCGAAGCCCUCAAGAAAAGACAGCAGGUGAAGCGACUAUCCACGGGCUGUGCGGAUUUCAAUGCACUGCUGGGUGGUGGAGUUGAGACCAUGUCGAUUACUGAAGUGUUUGGGGAAUUUCGUACUGGAAAGACGCAGCUGUGUCACACACUUGCCGUUACGGCCCAGCUUCCAGUCAGCAAGGGCGGCGGUGGAGGCAAGACCGUUUACAUAGACACGGAGGGCACUUUUCGGCCAGAGAAGGUUGCUCCCAUUGCUGAGCGGUUCGGGCUCAACCCCAAAAAAGCAUUGGAUAACAUCAUGGUCGCAAGAGUGUACACACAUGAGCAGCAAAUAGAGUGCAUUACUGCGUUACCAAAGCUGAUGGUAGAGAAUCAGUUUUCUUUGGUGAUUGUCGACUCACUCACAGCGCUGUUCAGGGUGGACUUCACAGGCAGGGGAGAACUUGCAGAUAGGCAACAGAAGCUCGGGCAACACCUUUCUGGCCUAGCAAAGCUUGCAGACGAAUUCAACCUCGCCGUUUUUGUUACUAAUCAGGUCAUGGCGCAGGUUGACGGUGCAGCGAUGUUCACUGCCGAUCCCAAGAAGCCGAUUGGGGGUCACAUCCUCGCCCACGCCAGCACCACCCGUUUGUACCUCCGCAAGGGCCGCGGAGAUACUCGUGUUGCUAAGAUUUAUGACUCACCGUCUCUUGCGGAAGGAGAAGCAUCCUACAGCAUAGCCGCAGAGGGAAUAAUAGACGCUGCAGAGUAA